AAACGACAGAAUUAGAUGACCCAAAAUAAUUAUAUAAGUCACGAAAACCGUCCUACACUUCCAUUUCCCGAUCCUUCCAAAAGCGAUCGAUUGCAGACGUUCGAUUCUCUCCGAUCCUUUUCCCCGCCGGCUGCCGAUCACGAAUUCGCACACGCCAGAGAGCUCCUUCCACCUGCUGCUUAUCGCGUAUGUGAUCGCGCAAUGAAGACAGGUACAUCCUCUUUAAACCCCUAUGCAGCAUCCUACAUACCGCUCUUCAAAAGAGUUGCCGCCGCUGCCGAGGCAGACAAUCCGGCUAAAGAUUCGAACAGUCGGGGGAAGGAAGUUGUUCGACUCACACACGAGCGGAGGGCCAUUGCUACUCAGACCUACAACUUAAUGAAACAAAAGGAGGAUCAUCGGGGAUUCACGUGGACAUCUCCGCCUUCCAACUUGAAUGAAGACGCGGACAUAUCUUAUCUCCGGAUGAACUUUCCCGGAAUAUCCAACGAGUCUCUCCACGGUGUCUAUUUCGCCAGUAACUGCAAUCUCGAUGCUGCAGUCGACAUGCUAAAUCAACUUGAGAAUGUCGCGGAGGAUUCAUUGGAUAUACUUCCCGACACACUGGACAUAGGCGAUGUGCCAGAAUCGUCGAAAGAAGCAAAGAAAGAGGCGGCAGUAGGAGGUUUAAAAUAAGGUUUGUUGAUUUCGCCUUUUUACUAGCUAAUCAGCUUUUAUGCUACUAUGAACAACAAUAUGUGUACUUCUUUGCAAACUUAAAUGCUCGUUUCGUCUUGAAACACAAAUUAUUAGUUUUAGAAUCCCAUGAGAAUGUGUUUGCUACAGAAAAUGAAAUCAAAAUAGUAGAGAGAUUUCGAUAAAAUAAAAAAUUCAGAUGAAAAAUAUAACAAUA